AUGUUUGGGCGGGAGUGUCAAACGUCUGGAAAAAGAGAAAUGACAGAAAAGCUGCUUGUUCACUUCUCUUCAACAAAAGUAUUGUGAAAGAACCUUUUUAUUUGGGAGAACAACAUGGAGAGAUAUUCAAAACGUGAUGACCCAAGUGAUAAUCAAGGUGGGAUAUCCAGUCGGUUGAGAGAUCGAGACCUCCUCAAGAAACGAAAGACAGAAGCUCAAGAGAAGGAGACUUACCAGUGGGUUCAUGGUAGGGGACAAAGUCAGAGGAAAAGACAGAGGCAGGAAAAGAAAAGCUCGCGCAGGAGGUAUCGGAGAAGGGAAAAGACACCAGAACCUGAGCCUUCACCAGAAGAGCCUUCACUAAAGGAGGAGGCCCAAGAAGAAGGUGCUCCACUGGCUGCUCCCACAGGGGGAACUUUCCUAGCUCAAGAAGACCCUUUCCAAGAGCAGAAGUCAAGCCAAGAACCCGUUGAGGGGGAACCCUCCCAUGCAGAGCCGUACUCUCAGAAUAGCAGUAAAACUGUGGAAGCAUUUCUGAUUGAGGAUGUGGGUCCUGAGGGAGAGAACAAGCAGAAGGAGGCCCCCUGCUCUCAGGAGACUCUUCGUGUUGUGCCAGACUUUAGUGAAGAACUACCCACUGCUGCAACAGACACUACAGAGGUUUUCAACACCCCUACGCUCGAAUCUGCUCUUCCGGAACAAGAAUACCUGCCAGGAACUUAUUUCUAAGGAGGCUCACUGAACAUUUCAUUGUUACAGUUUGAAAUAUGAAAUGCCUUUAUAAUUAGAUGGGGGAGGAGCAAAUGGGAUUGAGUGGUGUUGAAUUAGCAUAAAAAAUUAUCUUUGAAAUUAUGUUUUUGGAACAUUAGCACCAGUAGUUCAUACUUCAAACCAACCUAUAGAUGAAGGCUACUGAGAUGAAGAGAUUAAUAACCACAUGUGAAAUAUUUUAUUGGAUUUAGAGUAGUUUACCUUAAAAUACAAUUUCACCUUUCACUAAAUUCUUACAAAGCUUAAAUGUUUUUUCUUUUCUAUCAGGGACAUAAACUCCUUAACCAGAAGAUAUUGUUUUCAUUUUUUUUUUAUUGUUUACUGCUGCAUGUAUUUGAAACUCAAUUGCAGUUUGUACAGCAGUUUUAAUGGCAUGAUAAAGGCUGACAUGGUCGAUUUUAGUACGUAUAGUAUAUAGCAUUAUGUUACUAUGUUUUAAAAAUAGUUAUUUCAAAGUGGGUUGGUGUUUAAUAUAUUCCUGUAAAAUAUGCACCCUUAUGAAGGAAUUAGUUUUGGACAUUUGAGCAAAUAUGAUGUAUUUUUAUUUCUGUGUUUAUUUACAAAAAAAGGUGUAGAAAUAAAAAAAAAGCAAUAAAGUUUAUAAGGAUGUGUAUGUCUAACUUUUUGUUCCAUGUUAAGCAUGUCAUGUAUGCAGUUGUAAUACAUUCCAUUUAUAGAACCUGUUUAUAGAACAUGCAUGACCAAAAUUAAUGAUGUCAUGCAACUUGAUUAGUAUGCCGUAAAAAAAAAUAAUUGUAGAUGAAUGUGUGUGUAUAUAGGC